AGCAAGGCCUACUCACUCAUUGUGUCUCGUUUCUUCUCUAAAACUCUGUUUUCUCUAGUUUAUUACACACAGAAGCCAUGGAAUUGAUCAAUGGAACCAUCAGUGCUCACCGAGAGGAAUUGCUAGGCUUCCUUUCAAGGCUUGGAGGCAAGCCUAAAGGAAUCUACAAGACCAAACAACUUGUGGAAGAGUUUGAAGGACUUUCGAAUGGGACUCAUGCUGGAUUCUCUGGUGUUUUGAAAUGCACCCAGGAAGCGUUAGUAUUGGCUGAUUCAAUCGCACUUGCUAUUCGUCCCAGGCCAGGUGUCUGGGAAUAUGUGAGUGUGGCUGUGAGUCAGAGUGGACCUAAGGUUCAGACAAUAACUCCAUCUCAGUAUUUGCAGUACAAGGAAGAAGUUGUUGGGUCAAGUGGUGGAGAUGGAAUCUUUGAGUUGGAUUUUGAACCAUUCUCUGAGUUUUCAACACCCCCAACUCUUUCAAAGUACAUCGGGAAUGGCUUGGAAUUCCUCAAUCGACACCUUUCUACAAGUUUUGUACAUGAAAAAGAGAAGAUGCAGCCUCUUCUUGACUUUCUCAGACUCCAUGAGUACAACGGCAAGGCUAUGAUGCUGAAUGAGAGAAUCAAGAGCCUAGAUGCUCUCCAGACUGUUCUGAGGAAGGCAGUGGAUUACCUAUCUGCCAUUGCACCUGAAACUCCAUAUUCAGAGUUUGAGCACAAGCUCCAGGAGAUUGGUUUGGAGAGAGGGUGGGGUAAUAAUGCUGAACGAGUUUCAGAAAUGAUUCAUCUUCUUUUGGAUCUCCUUGAAGCUCCUGAACCAAGAACCCUUGAGACAUUCCUUGGGAGAAUUCCUAUGGUUUUUAAUGUUGUAAUCAUGUCUCCCCAUGGCUAUUUUGCCCAGGAUAAUGUCUUGGGAUACCCUGACACUGGUGGCCAGGUUGUUUAUAUCUUGGAUCAAGUUCGGGCCUUGGAGAGUGAGAUGCUUCUUCGUAUCAAGCAACAAGGCUUGGAUAUCAUCCCUCGUAUCCUCAUUGUCACAAGACUUCUACCUGAUGCAGUAGGAACCACAUGUGGUGAGCGUCUUGAAAAGGUGUAUGGGACCGAACAUUCAUUUAUUCUUCGAGUUCCAUUCCGAUCAGAGAAGGGAAUUGUCCGUAAAUGGAUCUCCAGAUUUGAAGUGUGGCCCUAUCUUGAGACUUAUGCUGAGGAUGUUGCAAAUGAACUUUCUAUAGAGUUCAAAGGGAAGCCAGAUCUGAUCGUUGGAAACUACAGUGAUGGAAACAUUGUUGCCACUUUGUUAGCAAGUAAAUUUGGGGUUCCACAGUGCACCAUAGCACAUGCCCUUGAGAAGACAAAGUACCCCGAUUCUGACGUAAAUUGGAAGAACUUUGACAAGUAUAACUUUUCUUGCCAAUUUUCUGCUGAUCUUAUAGCAAUGAAUCAAACUGAUUUCAUUAUCACCAGCACUUUCCAAGAGAUUGCUGGAAGCAAGGACACCCUUGGACAGUAUGAGAGUCACUCUGCUUUUACCAUGCCUGGACUCUACCGCGUGGUUCAUGGCAUAGAUUCCUUCGAUCCUAGGUUCAACAUUGUGUCUCCUGGAGCAGAUACCGACAUCUACUUCCCCUAUACUGAGGAGAAACGAAGGUUGACAUCCUUCCACCCUGAAAUUGAAGAGCUUCUUUUCUCGUCUGUGGAGAACAAAGAACACUUAUGUGUAUUGAAAGACCGGAACAAGCCUAUAAUCUUUACAAUGGCAAGGCUAGAUCGUGUGAAGAACAUAACCGGACUUGUUGAGUGGUAUGGCAAGAAUAAACGUCUUAGGGAGUUGGUUAACCUUGUUGUUGUUGCUGGGGAUCGUAGAAAGGAGUCUAAGGACUUAGAAGAGCAAGCUGAGAUGAAGAAAAUGUAUGGUCUUAUUGAGACCUAUAAUUUGAAUGGACAGUUCAGAUGGAUUUCUUCCCAAAUGAACCGAGUCAGGAACGGUGAACUCUAUCGUUACAUUGCUGAUACAAAGGGAGCCUUUGUGCAGCCUGCUGUAUAUGAAGCUUUUGGCUUGACAGUUGUUGAGGCCAUGACUUGUGGAUUGCCAACAUUUGCUACUUGUAAUGGUGGUCCAGCUGAGAUUAUUGUGAAUGGUAAAUCAGGCUUCCAUAUUGACCCCUAUCAAGGUGAUCAAGUGUCUCAGCUCCUUGUUGAUUUCUUUGAAAAGUGUAAGGUAGACCCUAGUCAUUGGGACAAAAUCUCCCACGGAGGCCUAAAGCGCAUUGAAGAGAAGUAUACAUGGCAGAUUUACUCCGAGAGGCUACUAACCUUGACUGGAGUUUAUGGCUUUUGGAAGCGUGUUUCUAAUAACACAGAGAAGCGUCGCUACCUUGAAAUGUUUUAUGCCCUCAUGUAUCGUAAGCUGGCCGAUUCAGUUCCUCUUGCUGUUGAAGAGUAAAUUAAAGCUUAUGGAUUAAUAAAAUGCUGAAGCAUUGGGCUGGCUUUGAUGGAGUCCUUUUGAGUUCAAGGAGCAAUGGAAAUUGUGUUUGAGAUUUUUUAUCAAAUUAGGCAAAAGGCUUUUUAUUUUGUUCUUUUUUUUUUUUCCAAUCCUUCAAAGGAUUAUUUGAACAUGGGUGUUUUAUAGCCCAUCAUUUCGAUAUAAAUUCAUGAAUUUUGGUUUACCAUCCA